AUGAUCCAAGCCCUCGAGUCCGCCUAUGGCAAUCCGAAUGAGCUUUCCGAGGCUCUUGACCGCCUGCAACGCCUCCAGUUUACCGUGAAUGGGAAGACCGACAUUGUGGACUUCCUUGCGGAAUUUGACUACUUAACUGCGACCGGUCGUGUGCCCGAGGACCAGAUGAAGCAUACCUUGUGGCAGCACAUCCCGGCCAACCUAGAUAACAGCCUCUUGACCAAGACCCGUGACGAGUCCGUGACCUACGAGGUUUUCUACUGCUCCGACUACCGCCAAGACUCCGAACAAGACCGGCUCGACCCUAUCACCUCGCGUGAUGCUGGCAGAGCCUUGACCGACGAUGAGAAAGGUCCGCCGCCCAAAGACUCGGAGCCCAGAUUAAGGAGCUCCGAGUCGGAUUCCCCUCAAGACUUCCGUGGAAAGCCAGCCGGCUAUAUCCAGAAACAGCUGGUCGCCACUUUCGUCAUCGAUGGCCCCCCGCUCUCGGGUCGGAUCGACCCUAAGAUCCAGGCCGACGCUGAGAGGCGGAACCGCCUGCUCGAGAAAGAGGAGAAACGCUACCGGAUCCUCCACAAGAACUGGCGCCGCUCUGAUCAAGCUCCUCCGGCCUCUGUCCCGACCCCGUUACCGACUCCGUCUCCGUCGUUUCAGUCCAAGUCUCCGUCUGCCAAGAAGUCUGUCCGUUUUCAGCUCACGACCGCCCCUGCUACCGACUUCGUCUCCGUCGCCUCGGUCCAAGCCUCCGAAGAUCAAGCCCUGAUUAACGCCCUGGUCUGCCAAGUAGAGUCUCACGAGAGAUUCGAACAGUGGAACGAACUCGAACCGUUGAUGCCCCGGGAUCCAGUCCAGCUCGAGCCAAGCUCCGGCCUUGACCAGACCGUCCCUAACUUCAUCGAGCCCGAUCCGAGUCCGCACGCCGCAUCCGUCCUCUUCGCUCCGAAACCGAACACGACCGCCCGCCGCUUCUGCAUCGACUACCGUUGGAUGAACGAUCAUCUUAAAAGUCGCAUCACGCCCGCUCCGUCCCUCGAAGGUACUGCUUUCGGUUGCCGUGAAGCUCAACGCUUCACGAAGAUCGAUGUGAUCCAGGCCUUCCACCGUCUCCGCAUGGACCCUGACUCCGAGUAUUUGACCGCCUUUCGCACCCGUUUCGGAACUUUCCGCUGGAAAGUCCUCCCGUUCGGUCUGAAGGUAGGUCCCGCCUGGUUCCAGCAGUUUAUCAACGCGCAGCUUCACGAUCUCCUCGACCGGUGCGCCAGCGCCUACGCAGAUGACGUCCUGAUCUACUCGGAUAAAGAAGAAGACCACUGGAAAGACUGUCAAGAAGUGAUCUGGCGACUCCAUCAGGCCAACCUCCAGGGAGACAUCAAGAAGUCUAGAUUUAACGUGACCAAGGUUGACUACCUCGGCGUUCUGCUUGAAGCCGGUGUGGGCCUUAGUGUCGACCCUCGGAAAGUUCGAUCGAUACAAGACUGGAAGUUUGAAGACCUCCGAGACCGCACCGCGAUCCGAUCAUUCGUUGGCCUAUGCAACUUCAUCCGUGUUUUCUGCUACCACGCCUCCGGAGUGGCAGAACCCUUGAACCGGUUGCUUAAGAAGGAUGUUGCCUUUGUGAUGGGCCCGGAGCAACGCGAAGCAUUUGAUCAACUCAAGCGCCUGGCUAUCGAAGCCCCGGUCCUCGCCUUCUUUAGACCAGAACUGCCGACCCGACUGGAGACCGAUGCCUCCCGGAAUGCCACAGCUGGUGUUCUAUGGCAGGAACAGCCUGAUCAGACCUGGAAGCCCGUUGGAUUCUUCUCUAAGACCAUGACCCCGGCCGAGCGAGCCUACCCAAUCCAAGAUCGAGAGCUCCUCGCCGUCGUACAGAGUCUAGAGCACUUCUACCCAGAGCUCUUAGGCCAGAAGUUCGAUGUGAUCACCGAUCACGAAGCCUUAGUCCAUUUCUCUACGAAGCGCCUGCUCUCGGUACGACAGAUCAGAUGGUCCGACUUUCUCGCCCAGUUCGACAUCCGUUUCCUCUACCGCCCCGGUCGACUGAACGUAGUCGCCGAUGCCCUCUCAGGAAGACAGCGGAGCCCCUACCGCUUCGCGACCGACUCUCUAGACCCUACGGCCGCCGGCAACCUGCCCCCUCAGAACUUUAGUCCCGAACCUAAGCCUACUAGACCAUUAGUUCUGAGGGCCACGAGUGCCCUACAGACCCCAGAAGACCGAGGGAUACAGCAGACGCCCGAUCAAGACCGCCCAGAACUAGACCCGAACUCGGUCCCGAAGGAGCCGAACUCGUUUCGUUGA